GAAAACUCAACUCCCUCCUUUUCUCCAUAACAAAACCAGAGGGCGAUCCAUUUGCGAUCUCCUACGACAAAUCUAGGGUUCCAAAAGCUACCGAUCUCUUCCAAAAAUCUCCGAGAACAGAUCGAGGAUUAGGGUUUCUAGCGAUCCAGAUCUCGCUCGGAGGAUCAGAUGAAGCUAAAGAUCAACAAGGCCUGCGAUCUCAGCUCCAUCUCCGUGCUUCCUCCUAGCAGAUCGAAGGGAAUGACCUGUGGAGCGGAUGGAUCGGGGCUGGGGAGGAUCCAGGGGUCUCAGCACCGAUCCCAAUCUCAGCAGUCGUUUUCCCAAGGGCCGUCGCUCUCUCAGCUCUCUCAGAGCUCUCUGGAGGAGAAUCUCGCUAUCGAUCAGAGGUUUGGCUCUCAAGAGAAGGAUAAUUCAUCAAAGAGGGUCUCAUUUGCUCCUAACAGAUCAGUACGAGAAGAAUCUCAGUUGCAGCUGUCAAGAGCAUCCAACAAUGUCUUGCGCCGUUGGAACUCAUGCUCUGUUCCAGAAAAUAGAUGUCAGAUUAGCGACGAACUUGAACACAGUAUUCGACUUAUGGAAGGUUCAGUAAAUAGGCUGGGGAUAGUUCUGGACUCUGUUCAGGGUGACGUUAUGCAAGUAAAUAGAGCUGUGAAAGAAGUAUCACUGGAAAUGGAGGGAAUACGGCAAAAGAUUUUUCUUCUUGACAAUUCAGUGCAGCAAAUGCUCAAGAGGGAAGAUGAUAUCAAGGCUUUCCUUGAUGAAAGCCUAAAGUCCAUUGCCGACCAAAUAAUCAAGAACUCUAACUCUAACAAAUUAAAUGAGAUUACCUCAGCAUUUUCAGCUUUACCAGAGAAGAUCGAAGCACGUUUACUGAAACUACAGGAAGAAGUUUGUAGGGUCUUUACCAAAGAGAAGGAGGUGAUAGUUAGUGUCAGGAAGCCCUCCAAUAAUAAAUGUACAGAUUCAAUUCAGUCCACAGUGAAGAUGUUCAAUAUGGAUCAUAAACAGUCUCUAAAGAGCCACAUACCAGUAGUAGAACUUCCAGAUGCGCCUUUGUUGGGUAAUAAGAAAAGGAAUCCAGUUUCAAAGGUCGAAGAGGGAAAAUCAAGGGCACUGGAACCAAAAUUGACUAAUUCUAAGCAUCAUAUGGCACUCAAACAGGAAGCAAUUCCUCAGAGGAUGCAGGGAAAAGAUUUUAGAGUAGUCAUUGACUUAGAUGAGGACAACGAUGGAGUUGGCUCCUGCUUGGUGAAGAAGGAAACAGGAAAGGAGAUCUAUCUGAUGGAUGAAGCUAGGGAAGAGACUAUGAGAAUCCUCAGGAAAGCAAGGAAAAGAAGAAGAAGACUCAUGAAUCCUGUAAUUGCAAUUUGAAGUUAUGAUGCCAACCCACAUGUUAUUAACCAGUUGGCAUCACAUGUACACAGUUACUCAAAAUUCCCAAUUUUAUAUUAGGAUGAUUAAGAUGCUCCUGUUGAGACUAAUAUGAAUGCAAUUGUUAAUGGCAAGUACAAUCUGUUGUAAAAGAAAAAUAUUACUAUGUUCAAUUAAUAUAGUUGUUU